AUGUGUAUUCUAGUCACGUGACAUAUGUGUCAAUAAACGGAGAACAUGAAACGAUAAUAUUUUAAUGGAAAUCAAACGAGGAUUUUUGUAUUUAUAAUCAAAACUUAGUAAUUCAUGGUGAAAUAAUCUAAUUUCAUUACAAAGCAUACAUUUUGGAAGCAUUGCGAAAAAUGUACUAAUGUCUGUUUCAUAUUUAAAGUGAUUAUUGAAAAAGGUUAUAGGUGAAAACAUCCGUCAACAUGGCGAUUUUACAUCUCGUAUGAUGCAGACUCGAAACUGUUUGUUAUCUGUAUGAUCUUAUAGAUUUGAAUUAUAAAAUUUCACAAAAUGAUAGCUUGCAAAAUCGUUAAAUACGUUAUAAGUUUGUAGUUCAGAUACUGGGAUUAAGCAGCUCACACAGUCCAUUUAGAUUCAGCAUCCUUAAAUUGUGUAUUGGACAGUAAUCGUUUGUUUAUUAACUGUUAAUGGGCUAUUGGAAAUAUUAUUCAUAAUACCGACAAAUGGCAGGGAACGGACAAACAGAUUCUGAUGACCAGAAGCAUAAACAGGGAACUAGAGUUUUCAAGAAAAGCAGUCCAAAUGCAAAAAUUACAGCCUACCUGGGAAAAAGAGAUUUUAUAGACCACAUAACACACAUAGAUCCUAUAGAUGGUGUAGUCCUAGUUGAUCCAGACUAUUUGAAAGAAAGAAAAGUUUUUGCACAUGUAUUGGCAGCUUUCCGUUAUGGCAGGGAGGACCUUGAUGUCUUGGGACUUACGUUUAGAAAGGACCUUUUUCUGGCCUCCAUGCAAGUUUAUCCACCUAUUAAAGACCAACAAAGACCACUAACAAGACUUCAGGAAAGAUUAAUCAAGAAACUAGGUCCAAAUGCUUAUCCUUUCUUCUUUGAGUUGCCACCCAAUGCUCCGGCAUCAGUUACAUUACAACCGGCACCAGGCGAUACAGGGAAGCCUUGUGGUGUAGAUUAUGAAUUGAAAACUUAUGUAGCAGAGAACCUCGAUGAAAAGCCACAUAAAAGGAAUUCCGUCCGGUUGGCAAUUAGAAAGCUUACAUAUGCCCCUGAAGAACCGGCCCCACAACCAAGUGCUGAGGCAACCAAAGAAUUCAUGAUGAGCCCUGGCAAUAUAAAACUGGAAGCAUCAUUAGAUAAAGAAAAAUACUACCAUGGUGAAAGUAUUGCAAUUAAUGUUCUGGUGGAUAAUAACACAAACAAGACAGUCAAGAAAAUAAAAAUUUCUGUUCGACAGUUUGCAGACAUAUGUUUAUUUUCUACUGCUCAAUACAAGUGUACGGUGGCAGAACUGGAAAGCGAAGAAGGAUUUCCUAUUCAACCUAGUCAAACUGGAUUUUGUAAAGUAUACCACUUAACUCCAUUAUUAACCAAUAAUCGGGAUAAACGGGGUUUAGCCUUGGAUGGUAAACUAAAACAUGAAGAUACUAAUCUUGGAUCUUCAACCAUAAUGACAGAGACAUGUCAGAAAGAAAACUUAGGGAUUGUUGUGUCAUACAAAGUUAAAGUUCGUCUCAUCUUAGGAUUUGGAUCAGGUGAUUUAUCCGUAGAACUGCCAUUUACAUUGACACAUCCAAAGCCUCUGGAGUCUCCCCCUCCGUCAAGAUCAGUGAGUUUGGUCCCAACAGAGGACGGUGAUGUUCCAGUGGACACUAAUCUUAUACAACUGGACACAAAUGGUGAGGUAGAUCAGAAUGACGAUUUCAUCUUUGAAGACUUUGCAAGGUUACGACUGAAAGGACAUGAAGGAGAUGACACAGAAGCAUAGUGAAUCUCCUAUAGCAUAAAACUCCUAGAACUGGUGUACCACUAUUUAAAUCCAUGCUAAUGUUCAUCAACCGUAAUAUAUAAUGUCUACAGGGAAGAAAGAACUUGGCUAUAUUUAGAAGCCUGAUUAUUAUAUUUUAUGAAUUGUAAAUUAUUGAUAUAGAUUUCGGUUAAAGAUACAAUGUUUCUCCAUCUCUGAUAGGAUAGAUUGAUUUUUUAAAGUUCAACAGUUGAACCUAUUAACUAAGGAUGUUGAAAAUUUAAAAAAACCACAUUAGAAAUAUUACUGAUAAUGGAUAAAGAAAAUGCUUCCACCCUAAUUGCAGUUUAUUUUGUAUUAACUGGUACAGGGAAUAUACAGUGGGGAUCAUGAUUAAGAAUCACAGCACAUGAAAUUAGUCCUUAAGCUACUGAUGGGGUCUUUAUUUAAACUUCUUUUCUCCAGUUUCAUAAGCCAUUUAAAGUGUUGUUCAUAAAAUGGACACAAUAUUGGUAGAAAUUUUACGGCAUAACUAAUACUAUUUGAAUUUGUUUAAUCAUUAAGAAAAAGUCUAUAAUUAGUAAAGCUGAUAUUCGAUAAAAUGGUUGAUAAAUAAUUUCGAUGGAAAAAGUUCAUUACGAAAAUAUCAGUCAAAUCGUCAUCUAAGAUAAAUAUUAUCAUUACACAGGAUUUGUAUAUAGUUCUAAAAGGUAUAAAAAGAACAUAUUAAUCUUAUGAAUUCCAUAAAUAGAAAAUCCUAAUCUAAAAUCCAUUGAAGCUAUUCACAAAAAUGCUUAGAUUUUGAAAAAAAAAUUACCAGGCUUAUAAUUUAGUGCACUAUUGAUUAGAAAUUUAUUCACUUUUAUAUGCUGAUAUGAUUUGAUUUAGAAUAACUUUUGGGGGAAUGGGCAAGAAAUAAAGUUACAAUGAAAAUAGGCUGGUAUUUGAAAUCCUGGAUUGUAUAAGAUUUUAAUCAGUGGCCAAAAAAUUAAGGGUAGUUUUCAGUUGGAGCAAGUAUUUUAUUACUCCUUAAUAUUAAAGGAGAAUACAUCUUAGAUUUCAGUCUUUGAAAUGAUAAUGCAUAAACAUGCACAAUUUAUUGCAUUGCUUUGCUCAGAAUUUAUAUGAUUGUAGUCAGCUCUUUUCAAAAAUUACUUGAUAAGUGACUCUUUUAGAUAUUGAAAUAUGCCUAUGUUAAAAAUGGUUUAUCGAUUUUUGUAUAAAAGCAGAUUUGUAUCAAUGUAAGUGUAGACUAUGCUUCAUAGUAAUGUCAAUUUGUACCAUAAACCACAUGUUAUAUUAAUGUUGUAUUGUAUUGGCAAACAUUUAUCAUGAGUGACUGAGAAAUUUCUUGGAGUGAAAAUGAGAUAUAUUUGUCAUUUUUAAAAUGUAGAUCAUAUUAUUGGCAAUCAUGUUGAAUUGUGUUUUUAUAGUUAAUUAACAUUUUUCAAAUAUUCAUAAUUGUUCCUUAAAAUAAGUCUAUUUGAAUCUGUAUUUUUCAUAAUUAUAUUUUAAAUGAUUUUAUUCCAGAAAUCUGGUUAUUAAGUUUAAAUUGCUUAAGAUUAUUUUUUUUAUUGAAAUUUCUAAAGAAUUAUUUUUUAUAACAAAAAGUAAGCAAAUUUACUCGAUUGAAUAAAUUUCCACACACUAUGUCGACAAAAGAUUUAUUAGUUGUGCAAUAUAUUGUAUCUGCUAAUCUUGAUGACUUGUUAAUGGCUCAUCUAGUCAGUCUUGUGUUAGUGUGUUAGUCCCAGUAUUUAUUUGACCACAGAAAUACCUCUGUAAUGAUAAGGUAUGUAAUCGUCUUCAUAUACAAAGUACAAAGUAGGCUUUUCUCUGAUUGUCAUAGACUUGGAUAAUAGAAUGCAUGCAUAUUUUAGCUUCAGUGUCGAGAAAGCAUAUUUUGAUAAGCCUAUAUUUAAUUUGCUGUUACCUCUAACAAGUGAAUAUACCUCUUUAGUUAUACCACCUAUAAUGUAACUCUCUGUCUUUGUAAAGGUCUGGUUCAUUGAGAUAGGGUCUAAUUGACUUAAUUAUUGCUAUGAUGUGUGACAGUUAAUAACUGAGAUAGUUGUAGAAAUAUUGCAUUGCUUUACAUAUUGUGUGAUUAAAAACAAAAUGAAAACGUUUGUGGAUUCUUUGAUUUUCGUGGGUACCAAAUUUUGUGAAUUAAGGAAAACUUGCAUAUUCAUGGAUUUUUUAUUUCAUGGUUUUGCUGAUGUCUGCAUACAGGCAUUUAUAUAAUGUGUCAUUCAUUGAAUGAAUAAUUUCAUGGUACCAACAAAAUCCAUAAAAAUGAUACCCCCAACUUCAUUAGUUGUAAUAAACCCAAUUAUGACCGAAAUAUCUUUGUGAAAUAGUAUGCCCAAGCGGACAUGUCCAAAACCCAAACGGAAUUUAUAAUGAUAGAUAGUUUGUCAAAAUUUAAAUGACCGUUUUAUGAAAAAUGCCUUGAAUAACAAAAAGUGGCAAACCAAUUCUAUUUGACUGUUUGAGGCUGAGAGCUGCCGGACUUUUUAUGAAAGUUUCAGUCAAGUCGGGAAUAUAUGACGGUUUUAGAAGCCUUGUCCCCAGGAACAAUAUUGAAUCCAUAUUAUGUUAUCUUGUUGAUAAGUAUCUUUAAUAUAUGGCAGUUUGUAUUAGCCGACCUGUCUUUACGUAGAUGUGUUUGUCAUUAAUUUCUGUUAGCAAAGAUUAUUGGCAGCUCAACAUGAAAUGUAUUUAUUAUUAUGAUGGAAACACAAAAUGUAUCUAAAAGCCAAUCACAUAUUAGCAAUUUGCAGAUGUAUAAGCAUGUAGAGCAAUUUUUUGAAAUAUAGUAAAUGGGAUUUUAACUUCAAUAGUUAAUAUUUAGUUUCUAUGUAUUGAUUACUUGCCAAAAAAAUAUUUCUUUUUAAAAAUGAUGACAAUAUUGUAUUUAAAAUUCAACAUUUUUGGCCCUCAGCAGAAACUAGAUGCUCAGAAGUCAUUGAAAAUAGUUUGAUAAGUUUAAUAUUUGAGGAGUGUACAUGCCUCUCUGUAAACUUUAAAUGUAAGAUUCAUGUAAACAGACUAUUUAAGGAAGGACUAAAGACAUGAUGAAACGACUUUUCCAUUAUCCUUGAAACACUAUAUAAAUUUUUAGUGUAUCAGGACCAACAAAAAUUCUAUGAAUCAUCUCCUUGUGAGGAGUAAAUUCACUAAAGCUUUAUUUUGCAUGUUAUGCAUAAUUUCACUAACAUUUAAUUUUGAUAUAUUUUAUUAUUAUAUUUUGAUAUAUAUAAAAUUCUGCAAUUUCAUUUGACAUUUUCGUAAUUAAGAUAGAAUGUUUUGAACAGUUGUAAUAGGCCAAGAUGGUAUAUUUGAAAGUGAACUAAAAAGCAUAUAACAUAGCUUACUGCAUUUGAAGCUUUGAUUAGAAAUUACACAAUGCAUUUUACAUAUAUAUAUUGUAUAGAAAAUACCUUGUUUUAAGCAAUUAAUUGAUAUGGUCAUUAAUGGUAUUCCUAUAGCAAUUUAAUUCCUGCUUAGUCUUGAUCAUAACACAUUGUUUGAAGAUAAAGUAUCGCCAAUUUUACACCUUUUUCAUCCAAAUUAAUCUUUGAUGAGGUGAAAGGUCAAUUAAAAUAAAUGAGGAAAGGUGGUUUGUAUUUACUUUGGUCACUUGGAAAACUAUUUUCCAAGUUCAUAUGCCGAUAGAUCUGAUACAUGUAAAGUCGUAUAAUAUUGUUAGCUGUAUUUAUACUAAUGUACAUAUAAUAUAGAUGUGAUGUAUACCUUAAUAUAGUUGUUUAUUUAUAUGGUGCUUUGUUGACAAACAAAACUCUAGCUUGUUGUCUGUAUACAUGUUCAUUUCAUGUAAUAAUUAUGUCAAAUAAAUCUGUCUUAAUAGA